UCCUAUGGGUUGCUUCCUUCCUUGUGCAGGGCAGCCGGGGCCACUAUGUCAUUGUUACCCCCUCCCUCGCUGAGGCAGGGCAGCGUCUGCAACGCGCAUGCGCACCACUAGAACGCGUGCUCAUCAACUGCCUUUCCCUUAACGGCUAGAGCCGCCUUGUUUCUCUUUCCCCACGAUUUAAAUAUGCUAAUGAAGGGUCGUCGGAAGUCCUAUGGCGGGGCAGGGAAGCGGUCACGUGGCUUGGGGACGUUCCUGUAGGGGCGGCGCCCGACCUGCCCAGGCUGCCUUAAAAGCGGGCUGCGAGCGAGGAAGCGCCUCAGUCAGAGAGAGAAAGUACCGGGGUGGGUGGAUCGUGGCUGCUCCGCCUGAAACUUCUGAGUAACAUCAACAGGGGGGCCAGCGGCGGCAGCAGCCGUGCAGCCCUGUCCGCCUUCUUCUCAUAAAGCAGCCCGUGCAGGGCUCGAGCGGGCCCCUCACACAAAGGCGAGCAGGGCAGCUCCCUGGAGGGGGGUGGCGGGGAGGCGCUCCUCCCGGUGCAGAGCACUCACAGCUCCUACUGCCCGUCCCCCGUGUCUGCCCCCCCGCCCCCGUCCAUGUAGCCGCCGGCCCCGCUGCUGCUCCGCACUAUGCCCAUCUUACUCUUCCUGAUAGACACGUCCGCCUCCAUGAACCAGCGCACCCAUCUGGGCACCACCUAUCUGGACAUAGCCAAAGGCGCUGUAGAGACUUUCAUGAAGCUCCGCGCCCGGGACCCCGCCAGCAGAGGAGACAGGUAUAUGCUGGUCACUUUCGAGGAGCCUCCCCACGCGAUCAAGGCUGGCUGGAAAGAAAACCAUGCAACCUUUAUGAAUGAAUUGAAAAACCUUCAAGCUGAAGGACUUACGACUCUUGGCCAGUCUCUAAGGACAGCUUUUGAUUUAUUAAACUUAAAUAGAUUAGUAACUGGCAUAGACAACUAUGGGCAGGGAAGAAACCCUUUUUUUCUGGAGCCAGCAAUAAUUAUAACAGUUACUGAUGGGAGUAAAUUAACUACCACGAGUGGGAUACAGGAUGAGCUCCAUUUACCUCUCAAUUCUCCUUUACCUGGAAGUGAAUUGACUAAGGAACCUUUUCGCUGGGAUCAGAGACUAUUUGCUUUAGUUCUGCGUUUGCCUGGCAUCACAACUCCAGAAUCAGAGCAGAUAGCAGGUGUGCCCGUUGAUGACUCAGCAAUCACACCUAUGUGUGAAGUCACAGGAGGUCGCUCGUAUUGCGUGUGUUCUCCAAGAAUGCUGAAUCAGUGUCUUGAGUCACUGGUUCAAAAAGUGCAAAGUGGAGUAGUAAUAAACUUUGAAAAAUCUGGACCAGAUCCUUCACCAACUGAAGAUGGACAGAUGGAUAUAGCUAGGUCUUUUGGACCCCACCCUUGGCACAGCUGUCACAAACUUAUCUAUGUCAGACCAAACCCUAAAACUGGAGUUCCCAUAGGCCACUGGCCUGUUCCAGAAUCCUUUUGGCCAGAUCAAAAUUCUCCAACAUUGCCACCUCGCACAUCUCACCCUGUAGUGAAGUUCUCCUGCACUGACUGUGAACCAAUGGUCAUUGACAAACUACCUUUUGAUAAAUAUGAGUUAGAACCUUCACCGCUGACCCAAUUUAUUCUGGAAAGGAAAUCUCCUCAGACCUGCUGGCAGGUGUAUGUGAGCAAUAGUGCAAAAUAUAGUGAAAUUGGCCAUCCUUUUGGUUACUUGAAAGCCAGUACAGCACUGAAUUGUGUGAACCUGUUUGUGAUGCCUUACAAUUAUCCAGUCCUCCUUCCCCUCUUAGAUGACUUAUUCAAGGUACACAAGGCAAAGCCAACCUUAAAAUGGCGGCAGUCAUUUGAAAGCUAUUUGAAGACAAUGCCUCCUUACUAUCUAGGGCCUUUGAAGAAAGCUGUGAGAAUGAUGGGAGCGCCUAACCUUAUAGCAGAUGGUGUGGAAUAUGGACUUAGUUACAGUGUCAUUGCAUACCUCAAAAAGUUGAGUCAACAGGCCAAAAUAGAGUCCGAUAGAGUCAUUGGCUCUGUAGGCAAAAAGGUAGCGCAAGAGACUGGAAUUAAGGUCAGAAGCAGAUCACACAACCUGUCUAUGGCACAUAGGAACGAUUUUCAACAACUGCUACAGGGGAUUACUGGGGAAAUUCCUCAUAGACUUCUAGACCUCAAUAUGAAGGAGUAUGCUGGGUUCCAAAUAGCUUUGCUGAAUAAGGAAUUGAAACCUCAGACCUUUAGAAAUGCUUAUGAUAUACCCAGAAGGAAUCUUUUGGAUCACUUAACAAGAAUGAGGUCUAAUCUUAUGAAGAUAACUCGCAAGUUUCUCAAAGGACAAGAUGAAGAUCAAGUUCACAGUGUACCAAUAGCACAAAUGGGAAAUUAUCAGGAGUACCUAAAACAGAUACCAUCUCCUCUUCGAGAGCUUGACCCUGAUCAACCCCGAAGGCUACAUACAUUUGGUAAUCCAUUUAAAUUGGACAAGAAGGGAAUGAUGAUAGAUGAGGCAGAUGAAUUUGUAUCAGGGCCUCAAAAUAAACACAAACGACCUGGAGAACCAAAUAUGCAAGGGAUUCCUAAAAGACGUCGGUGUAUGUCACCCCUUCUCAGAGGCCGGCCACAGACUCCUCCUGUCAUGAACAAUCACGUUGGAGGAAAAGGGCCACCUACACCUGUAACACAAGCACAGCCAGAUCUUGUUAAACCUAUUCCUAUUCACAAAACUUCAGAAACCAAUAACGAGAUUGCAGCGGAUGAUGUGAUUGAGAAUCAUGUUGCAGACCCACUUUCAUCAGAUGUUUUUCCAAAUGCUAUGGAUUCUGACUUUUCAGUGUCCCCUUCUCCAUUCAAUUCAUUGGAUGGACCAACAACUCAUUCAGAGGAUCUAGGCCAUGAACAUUUAGGAAUUAAUAACCUUAACAUCGAUGAAUUUAUGAAAAAUGAAGAGUCGGGUGGUAAAGAGCGAAGUACUCAAGAAAACUUGCCAACAUCUUCGCCCAACAAAGGGAAAAAAGUGAUACAUUCCAGAAGUGCGAGAGAGGUUAAUAUAGAACUAAAAGCACAAAUUAUGAAGGAGAUUAGAAAGCCGGGAAGAACAGAUUGUUUGAACUGUGGUAAAAAUGGGAAACUGGAGAGGUGUCUGCCUGCACCACUUUUUAUGCUCUCUGUUCAGAGCAGGAGGAGAGCUAUGGCACAUGUGCAGCCAAUGGAUGCUGUUCGCAAAAAAAAUUCUGGACUCAGGCACGUGUAUCAUCGUACAUGUGGAAUGCAGAUAGGGACUACACAUUUUGAAGAAUCUUCAGUUACAGAAUAUGAAAGAAUCUUCUUUUUACUGAAGCACGUACAAGGCAGUUUACAAACACGACUGAUAUUUUUACAGAAUGUUAUUAAAGAAGCCUCAAGGUUUAAAAAACGAAUGCUGAUAGAACAGCUUGAGGGUUUUCUGGAAGAAAUCCAUCGCAGAUCCAACCAAGUCAACCAUAUCAACAGCAGCUAAGAGAUGUUUUACACAUAGAAAAGCCACAGUAGGGCACAGCUGUAUUACCUGCAUUCAUUUUUGACAUGCACUCUUGGCUCAAGUCCCCUGAAAGACUAAAAGCUGCUCUCUAGUAUGAUGGAAAAAGUAUACGUAAUCUUUUUCUUCAUUUCUGUUAUUUUUGUAAUGUGAAAAAUAUCACUAAAAGCAUUUUUAUUUAACAAACUAAAAAUAGAGAAUUUCUUGCUUGUCAUUGACUUAAAUGUCACUUUCCCUCAGGUUCUAUUUUCUUAACCCAACCUUCAAAACUAUCAUCUCUGUUAAGGUUGAACUUUGCCAAAAAAAAGAAAAGAAAAAAAAAAAAUUGCUUUGUAAUUUUCAAAAAAAGCACAUACAUUAAACAAGGUAAUGUUUUGUAUAUACAGUUAUUUUGGAUAUAUUAUUGUAAGUUGUACAAAUGUAUUUUGAAAAAUAUUUAAGAAAAGCACUUUUGUUAUUCCAUCAAUAAAAAAAACCCUCUAUUUUAAUCUUUGGUGGUUAGGAAUGAGUACGGUUUUCAUUGAAGUGGCUCAUUUCUCUCCUCCCCUUUUUAGAUCUACGCAGUUUUAUUGUAAUUUUUUUUAGGAACCAGCUACAAUUUUAAGCCUAAUUGGAAAUGCUGAUUCUUUGGUUCUCCGAAUAAGAUAUAAAUUACGAAAAGAAAUUAAGAAAGCUGCUAUUUGACUGCAUUGUUAUGGUGAUAAGUUGGCAUAGCAUCAUGUAUUCUAAGUCUUAUUUUUACUGAACAGCAUCACAGAUCUUAUGUACGGUAUGCACACCAGAAAAAUGGCAAAAUGUGGGAUUAUUUAAGUUUUCUUUGAGAUUUAACAAUCUUUCCAAUUAUGCCAACCUCAUCCCUUGCUCCUUAACGAGGCUGCUUGUGUGCCUAACCCCCUCUCCCUUCCCCGGCCCUGCACUGUAAAGUAAAAGAUUUUUUUUAAUGUAAAGUCUGCAUUGGAAGUAGUGUAUAUGGUGGUACUGAUUCACUUGUUUAGGUGAGUAGAGACACUCAGGCUAUGUUUACUGCAAGUGAAGAUGUGAGUGGAGCACGGGUAUGCCUACCUGUGCUGUUAGCUUUAAUUUAGUUAGACCGGGUGACAACAGUAGUGUCGACAUGGUGGCUCAGAUUAGCAACCCAAGUCCAUAGUCAAGAGUCCCCAGUGGGCUGGUACUCUGCUGUCCUGGUGCCAAUUCCUUAACAGACUGUCUCUCAGCUGGAUUAUUUCUUAUGGCUACACUUCAGCUGCUUGUUUACCUCACCACUUCAGCUUGGUAAUGUAACUGAUUCUGGAACCUAAUUCAGUUUUUAAUUUUUUGUUUAAAACUUCCAUUUCAGGAGCAGAAAAUAAACCACCACUUGAAAAAUAGCAGAUAAUCUAAAGCUUCGUGGUGGGUUGGUAUUGCCUCCUCUCAGCUGACUCAGUCUUGUGAGCAAAGAACACAAAUAACUGUAAUACGGUCUGUUGGUUUUAGCUAGCCUCCUGUUACCUUGUGAUGCCAACCAUUUUUUAAAAAGAGUAAAAGAUGCUUUUAUACAGCUACAAAAUAAAAGCAGUCUACACAAAA